GGGAUGCAGGAGUUCGGGGGUUGAGCUCGCAAGUGAAAGUGAGGUAGCGCUUUUUGAAGUUGUAACGUGGGCUGCAGAGGAUCGAAGUUUCUCUGAGCUGGCAGGUGGCUCGCAGGUGGAGGGCUGGACAGACAGACAGACCCGGUGCAACACGUACAUAUCCAUAGGCUGCAAAGAUGUGGAGCUGGUUAGUUGCCGUCACUGUUCUGCUGUCCUUCAUGAAACCGACUGAAGCUCAGGGACGGUGUAACAGUGUGCAAGCAGCAGAUAUUGUUUUCCUGAUCGAUGGGUCGUCCAGUAUUGGCCGACCAAACUUCCAACAGGUGAAGGGAUUCAUGACUGGAAUUGUAAAGCCAUUCGCUGGUUCUGUCAGUGAAACAGGAAUUCGGUUUGGAGCUAUUCAGUACAGUGACACCUCCAGGGUUGAGUUCACUUUCAAUACCCACUUGAACGGCACUGAGCUUGUCAGCGCAGUGCAGAAUGUAAACUAUAAAGGUGGAAACACUCGAACUGGGGCUGGUCUCAAGUUUGUGGCUGAUAACUUCUUCAACCCUUCUUCCAGUCGGGAUGUCUCAAAGAUCACCAUCCUCAUCACGGACGGGAAGUCACAAGACAGUGUGCAGGAGCCGGCACAGAAGCUGCGCAGUCAGGGAGUCAAGGUGUUUGCUACUGGUAUAAAAAAUGCAGACAGGAAUGAAUUGGCUCAGAUCUCCUCGGAGCCCAGCAGUGACUACACCUCCUUCGUUGGAGAUUUUAAACUGCUGAACACACUUGUUCCUCUCGUCACCCCUAAAGUGUGCUCGGCAGCAGGAGGAGUCUAUGCAAGUGACGAGGCAUUUUCUGGUCCAUCCAACAUUCAGUUCACAACCCAGACGACCGAUUCCCUCAGGUUUCGCUGGAGUCCUGCAGGCGGCCCCGUGACCGGCUAUGCCGUCCAGUAUGUGCCACUAUCUGGGCUGGGUCAGCCUAUCACAUCAGAAUUGCGUCAGGAGACUGUCAGUGCAAAUCAGAGGUUCUUCACUGCACGGGAGCUCCGGUCAGGAACAGACUACCUGGUCACUAUCAUCGCCCAGUAUCCCAACAGUGUGGGGGAAUCUUUUUCUGCCAAACAGCGAACAAGGUCGUUGCCGGGUGUCUCCAGUCUGCGUUUGGUUCAGGCGGGAUUCUUCUCUCUCUCUGUCGGCUGGGAUCAGCCCUCGUCUCCUGUGCAGGGCUACAGACUCACCUAUGGGCCACGAGGUCAACCAGCAGCUCAGCUACUGGAGCAAUCGCUGUCUUCAGACACAACGUCCGUCACACUGGAGUCACUUCAGCCAGACACGGAGUACGUCAUCAGCCUCUACCCUUUGUUCCCGAGAAAUGCUGCAACUCCGUCUAUCCUCAAUGCUCGCACGUUGGCUCUGGAGGCCGUGCAGCAGCUGUCAGUGGAGACAGUGUCCGAGGGCAGUGUUCGUUUGCGGUGGAGAGGUGUCAGUGGCGUGCGAGCGUACCGUUUGGUGUGGGGACCGUUUACAGGCGUUAAUGUGGAGACCGUGGAGGUUGCUGGUGACGGAGAGUUCUUCAUUUUGUCCAGUCUGCAGCCAGAUACCGAAUAUAUUGUCACCAUCAUCCCACUGUAUGAAGGCAACAUAGAGGGCCCUGUAGCCUCCGCCAGAUUCAAGAUAGAGCGUCAGGAGCAGCAGAUCCUCAGAGCAACUACCACGGGCCCCUCGUCAAUCCGCCUCAACUGGAGACUCAUUCAGGCCUCUCGAGGGUACCGUCUGGAGUGGAGUGAAGGGGAAGGGAGCCGUCCCCAGAGCUUAUCUUUUCCUACAAACACCAUCAGCUACGAGCUGACGGGCCUCCAGCCUAAGACAGAGUACAUCAUCACCCUCUACACCCUGUAUGACGGUCGUGAGGAGGCCACACCUGUCACCGCAGCUUCCAGAGAGGAGCAGCCAGUGGGAAGGGUAUCCAACCUGAGGGUGGUGGAGUCUCUGGGCAGCACUGUCAGACUUGGCUGGACGGGCGUAGCUGGGGCCACGCAGUACCGAAUCCUUCUCAGCACAGAGGGGGAAACGAAGGAACUUCGAACUAUCCCCGGAAACCAGACGACCCUUGACCUCGUAGGCCUGUCAGUGGGAGUGUCCUAUGGUGUCAGCGUCACGGCGCUGGUGGGAGAAUUUGAAGGAGAAACAGUCACGGUCUACAUCAAACCGGAACAAUCUUCAAGAAAAGUGACCAAUCUCAGAGUAACAAACGUAAGCAGUCGGCGACUUCGUGUCGCGUGGGAUGGAGUUAAUGAAGCAACAGGAUACAGGCUUACAUGGAGACAAGGAAAUGAUGCAGAGCAGGUCCGCCCUCUGGGAGCAGAGGCCACUUCUUUCACCAUCGAUGGCCUGCAGCCAGGUGAAGCACUGGCAAUCGGUGUUGCAGUUGUUGUUGAUCAACGUGUCGGAGAGGUGGUCACGCUGACUGCACGAACUAAUCCUGUUAAUGGAGUUGUGUCUGGAUUUCGCGUCGUUGACAUCUCAUCUCAAAGGAUACGCAUUGCAUGGUCCCCUGCGUCUAGAGCAACUGGAUAUAAGAUCACAUGGCUUCGUGAUGAUGGAGUGGAAACGACUCGUACGGUCACUGCUGACACUUCUUCCUACACCAUUGAUGGGCUUCAGCCAGAUUAUGCAUACAGUUUGCAGGUUACUGCACUGUUUGGCUCCCGAGAGGGAACCCCAUCUAUCCUGAACGUCAGGACUGAAUCAGAUCAGUCGGUUGUUGGGCCAGUAACAUCACUGCAAGUCCAGGAGACCCGGGGAGAGGUCGUCCGAAUCACUUGGACUGGUGUGCAGGGAGCGACGGCUUAUCGUGUUUCUUGGAAGAGAACAGAAGGUGGUGACGAGAGGAGCAAGGUGGUGAAUGGAGAUGUGACGGCAGUGGAUAUAGAGCAGCUUGACCCUGGAGUUCAGUAUGAGGUUCAGGUCAAGGCUUUGGUCCAAAACAGAGAGGGAACCCCUGUGUCUGUCAGAGUCACUACGCCGGGUUAUAAUACGGCGCCUCCUACGGUACUUAGUACAACUCUACGGGUGGCAGAGGUGACCCAAGAUUCUGCCCGGUUGGCAUGGACUCCUCUUCAAGCUGCCACAGGUUAUAUUCUUCGCUGGAAGGAUGAAACAGACAUCGGGCAAGGCUUGACCGUCACCCUGCCGUCGUCAUCCAACUCCUACCCGGUGACUGGGCUGCGUUUGGGCCGUCGAUACAGGUUUACCAUACAGCCCACCUUUGCAAAUGGACUGGGAACAGAAACCUUUGAAGAUCAGCGCACCGUGUGUGUGGGUGGACGUCUUGAUGUGGUGUUUGUGGUGCCUGGAUCUACUGAUCGGACGGGCCUGGCGAGACGUGUGCGCGAACUCCUAACCAGUGCAGCAGGGUCCCUUGCUACUAUUGGGUCACGUGACUCACAGGUGGGGGUUGUUGUUUAUGGCUUCAGAUCAAAAAUAUGGUUCGUGCUCAAUCGUCACAGCAGAUCUGAUACACUACUCCAAGAGAUUCAGUCCACACCUUUUGAUGAAAGCCCAGGAAAUAACAUUGGUGAGGCGUUGACAUUCACACAACAGUACCUUCUAAACAUCCCAGCUGGACGGAGACCAAGCGUGCCUGGAGCUGUUGUCAUCAUCGCUGACAGGAAAUCCGCGGACAACCUGACCCUUGCAGCCAGCAAACUCAGAGCAACAGGUGUGACUGUGCUAGCCGUGGGUAUCGGCCAAGCAGACGCAGAGGAGCUGCGCCGCACUGUGACGGAUGGCAGCACCCAGAACAUCCUGUAUGCUCAGAAUGCAGACCAGCUGAACACGCUGCACUCCAGUCUGGCCGACUUGCUCUGUGGUAUUGCCAGGGUAGAAAAGGUAACUACAGGCCAGUGUACCACUCAGUGCCCUCAGGGUGAGAAGGGAGAUCGUGGAGAAAAGGGUGACAGAGGCAGAGAUGGAAUAGAUGGACGUAAGGGGGAGUCGGGUCGGGAUGGUUUGCCUGGGAGGGAAGGCCCCAGAGGAGCCGAUGGACGUCCAGGUGCACCGGGCCAAACUGUCCCCGUUGACCCUUCACGGGUGGUAAAAGGGGAAAAGGGGGAAAGAGGUUUCCCUGGUAUUGAUGGGAAUCCAGGGUUGCCAGGACGAUCAGGUGCUCCUGGAAAUGCAGGUGUUCCAGGCUCACAGGGCUUACCUGGAAUCAGAGGAAACACAGGGGAGCCAGGUGGACAAGGCUUAUCAGGACUAAAGGGAAAUAAAGGUGAAAGGGGUGAACCAGCUUUACCUGGCAGCACUCUUCCAGGGAGGAAGGGCGAAUCUGGGAUACCAGGAAUACCGGGUACUCCAGGUCGACCAGGCAUUGAUGGGAUCAAAGGAAACUCUGGGGUUUCAGGUGCACCAGGUCAAGAUGGUCGCCCGGGGAUACCAGGAACACCGGGGCUUUCUAUUAAGGGAGAUAAGGGCAGCUCAGGAGAGAGGGGACCUCCAGGAUUCGGCAGUGGGGCGGCUGUGAAAGGCGACAAGGGCUCUGCUGGUGUUCCAGGAACUCCAGGGGCUCCAGGUCCUAGAGGGCCAGGGGGGGCAGAGUCAACGAAAGGAGAAAAGGGUGAUGCUGGUGCUGGGAUUCCUGGACUCCCAGGGAAGCAGGGAGAGCCGGGGGACAGGGGUCCCCGUGGGCCUGCAGGGGAAAUUGGCACCAAGGGUGACCGAGGGCAACCAGGUGAGGCUGGAACACAGGGAGACAGGGGGGAGAGAGGACCAACUGGUGAAACUGGCGAGAGAGGAGAUCCGGGGAAGGCAGGGAUCCCAGGAACACCAGGAUUGAGAGGUUUAGUGGGACCCAGCGGACCGUCAGGAGAAAAGGGAAGUGAAGGUGCGCGAGGCGAGCCGGGCAGAAGUGGUCAGGGUUUAGCAGGAAGGAAAGGAGACCAGGGGGAACGAGGCCAGCCUGGAAGUGAUGGUUCAAAGGGAGACAGAGGAGACACCGGACUAAGAGGAGAGAAAGGGUCUCCAGGCUCAGGAGGGUCAGGUGCUUUCGGUACCAAGGGAGAUCAAGGAGAGCGAGGACUUGCAGGUACUAAUGGACGACCGGGUGCCAAGGGGGAACCAGGUGAAGCGGGACAGAGCGGAGAAAACGGCCGCCAAGGAAUUCAAGGAAGGCCUGGUCUCUCUGGAAAAGAGGGAGAGAAAGGGGACAAGGGUGAUGACGGCACACCGGGGGAGUCUGGGCUACCAGGGAAGCCAGGAGAAAGAGGCCUGCGGGGACUGGUUGGCCAAACAGGACGACCGGGAGAGAAAGGGGACUUUGGAGACCCCGGAGAGAGCGGACGAAAUGGCAGCCCUGGACCUGCUGGGGCAAGAGGAGAUAGGGGAGAGCCGGGACCUCAAGGGCCUCCAGGACCUCCAGGAAAACUGCAGGGCACUGUCCAGGGCACUCUGAAAGGGGACAGAGGAGAGAAAGGUGAUGCUGGUGACCCAGGAGAACAUGGCGGCAAAGGUGUGAGAGGUGAAGUCGGACUUCCUGGAGCGCCGGGCCUACGCGGCACAGAUGGACUAAGAGGGCUCCCAGGCACAAGAGGUGAUGGAGGAGAAAGAGGAUCCCCUGGAGAGAAGGGAGAACGAGGAGCAUCAGGCUUAGACGGGCGUCCUGGUCUGGACGCUAAACCAGGUGCUCCAGGACCACCUGGACAGAGGGGUGACCCUGGGAAACCGGGAGACGCUGGGAGAGAUGGAUUGCCAGGAUUAAGAGGAGAGCAGGGUUCCCUGGGGGCUAUUGGGCCUGCAGGCAAUCCAGGAGUACCUGGUAAAGCAGGUGAAGAUGGUAAAGCUGGCCUCCCAGGCAAAAUGGGCGAGGAUGGCGUGCCAGGUGAAGAUGGGAGAAAGGGCGACAAAGGAGAAGGGGGAGCAGGUGGAAGAGAUGGGCGGGAUGGGCAGAAAGGGGACCGUGGUCCUGUUGGGCCAGGAGGCCCCUCUGGUCCCCCAGGACCUACUGGAUUGCCUGGAAGCAUUGGUCCGCCAGGACAGGUUGUGUACCAGAAAGGAAGCCAAGCAGCACCGAUCCCAGGUCCACAGGGGCCUCCUGGAACGCCUGGGGUCCCUGGAAUUCCAGGAGCUGUAGGGUUCAGAGGGGAGAGAGGUGCACCUGGCCUUAAAGGUGACGAUGGAGACCCAGGAGAGGAUGGGGCUCCGGGUAAACCUGGAGGAGCAGCGGAUGUACAAAAAGCUCUUGGCAUCCUUGGUAUUCAGGUGUCUGAUCUGAAGGUGAUGGUAGACAGGAAGGACAUGGUGGUGGCUCCAAAAGUGCAAAAGGGAGAGAGGGGUGAAAAGGGAAACAACGGUGAAAGUGGGCCGAGAGGACCGUCUGGUGCAGAUGGCAUUCGUGGUUUUCCAGGCGAGAGGGGAGGCAAAGGGGAUCAAGGUGAUCGAGGAGCUACGGGAUCCCCUGGGCUUCCAGGAAGAGCCAUUGGAGAGCAAGGAUCACAGGGACCUCCGGGGGCUGCUGGAGAGUCUGGGAAGCCAGGAAUCCCUGGUGUUCCUGGACGAGCAGGGGAACUGGGGGAAGCUGGACGACCAGGAGACAAGGGAGAGAGAGGAGAGAAAGGGGACAAAGGAGACGGUGGUAAAAUGGGAUUAACAGGACCAGCCGGCCCCCCGGGUCAAAAGGGAGCUGAAUCAGUACUAAUUGGUACAACAGGGGUUAGAGGCCCUCCUGGACUCACAGGACAGAAGGGAGAGCCUGGUGUGACUGGGCAAACAGGAACAAAAGGAGAGCGGGGUUAUGUGGGACCUCGUGGUGAAAAAGGAGAGAGAGCAGAACCUGGAGAGAAAGGGCGUGAUGGCCUGUCGGGCGCAGCAGGAGAACCAGGGAAACCAGGUCAGGAUGGGAAACCGGGCUCAGCAGGGUCUGCUGGUUCUCGAGGCACACCAGGAAACCCAGGAGAGCCCGGACUAAGGGGUCCAACUGGUCCCAUGGGUCCCACUGGCCUGCCAGGUCCUCUCGGCGUGAAGGGAAAUCAAGGAGAAGCAGGCAUUGGUGUUCAGGGUCCUCCUGGCGCUCAGGGCAGCACAGGUCUGCCAGGACCACCAGGUCCUCCAGGAGCUGUAGGUCCACAGGGCCCUCCAGGAUUGCCAGGGCAGGUGGGCGAAUCAGGUAAACCAGGGGUUCCUGGAAGAGAUGGGGUCCCUGGUAAAGAAGGAAUACCUGGGUUACCAGGGAAGCAGGGUAUUGCUGGAUCCGUAGGCCAAGCUGGUUUAAAGGGGGAGCAGGGAGACAGCGGCCCUCCAGGGAAGGCUGUGGCUGGACUCCCUGGAGCAAAAGGAGACAGGGGUUUUCCUGGUCAAACAUUGCCAGGCAUAGCUGGAGAGCAAGGCACACCUGGAGAAAAGGGUAACAGGGGAGACAAGGGUGGUCCUGGCAUCAGAGGAGACAGAGGAGUGGCUGGUGAAGCAGGAGACCCUGGCGAGGACGGGACACCAGGAUCCCCAGGGCCAAAAGGAGAUAAGGGAGAAAGAGGUGUAGGAUUUGCAGGUCAGCCUGGUGGUACUGGGCCUGCAGGCUUGAAGGGAGAUGCAGGGCUCCCUGGGCCAGCUGGUCCUCCAGGGCUCCAGGGAAAGCCAGGGGACCGUGGUCAGCCUGGUUUGAGAGGAGAAAAUGGACAGCCAGGACCUCCUGGACCCCCAGGGGAGAGGGGCCUACAAGGGUUUGCAGGCCGUGUAGGAAAUACUGGACCUUCUGGUCCUUCUGGACCUCCAGGCGAGGCGGGCUCUCCAGGUACAAAUGGGCUCAAGGGGGAUAAGGGAGAAGUUGGUGUUGGUUCCCCUGGUCUUCGAGGAGAAAGAGGAGAUCCAGGGACCAGAGGAGAGGACGGUCGAGCUGGCUUGGAUGGGGAGAGAGGACCAACAGGUCCCCUAGGGGUUCGAGGUAUUCGGGGAGAAAAGGGAGACGGUGGGCCACAAGGUGACAAAGGAGACAAGGGCGACACUGUGCUAGUCGGAGGACCUCCUGGAGAAAAGGGCAUCAGAGGAGAAACAGGUGACCGAGGACCCAAAGGUACAAAUGGGGAAAAGGGAGGAAAGGGUCAGGAGGGUCCACUUGGACAGCAGGGUCAGAGGGGAGAACCUGGAGAGCGAGGAUCCACUGGGUUCCCUGGGGCUCGUGGCCCUGGUGGACAGAAGGGAGAAGCAGGCCUACCUGGAGUACCCGGUGAAUCUGGUUUUCCUGGAAAAGAUGGCAUGAUAGGCCUACAAGGUGAAAAGGGAGACUUUGGUAUCAAAGGACUGAGAGGCAUCAAGGGUGAACGUGGCAUCAAGGGGGCUUGUGGGAGUGAUGGAGCCAAAGGAGAUAAGGGAGAGACUGGUUUUCCUGGACGGGCAGGUCUCCUAGGGAGAAAAGGUGAACAGGGUGAACUUGGAUCUGCUGGGGCCCCCGGGAGCCCAGGAAAAGAGGGAAUAGUUGGCCCCAAGGGUGACCGUGGCUUUGAUGGGCUUAUUGGACCUAAGGGAACUCAAGGAGAGAAAGGUGAAAGGGGACCACCUGGUGUUCCUGGACCUCCAGGUCCCAGAGGAGUGGAUGGGCCCGCUGGCUUGACAGGCGCACAAGGAGUAGCUGGUAUUAAAGGUCCCGAGGGUCUGCAGGGGCAGAAGGGGGAGAGAGGUCCAAUUGGACCAGCCAUGGUCGGUCCACGUGGAAUCCCAGGGAUCCCAGGGGAACGAGGGGAGCUUGGAGAGAUGGGACCAGAUGGACCCAAGGGAGACAGAGGAGAGCCAGCCAUGACGGAAGAGGCGAUCAGAGAUUAUGUUCGCACAGAGAUGAGUCAGCACUGUGCAUGUGGAGGUUUAGGCCCACGUACUCGGUCAGAACCCGCACUCAGGGCUCAGCCGUCAACAGAGCAACAGGUGCUGUUUGGUGAGAAGGGCCGUCAGCUGCGUGUAGUGGUGAACACCAAUGACCCGGACUAUGAGCACAUCUACUCCAUCGAGGCCCUGGACCAACCCGCAGAUGAUCUGCUCUACAUGUCUACGCAGCCAGUCAAACAGACUGAAGGUGAGAAUAACAAUCAGCAAUCUGAGAAAAAAGUCAAAACUGUACCAAACAAAUCAGCGAGUGCUGACAAAAAGAAGAAAGCAACAGUUGCUGGUCAGAAAAAAGUCACAGUUUCACCCCCGAAAGCAGACAAGUUCAAAUCAGUCAGGGCCAAGAGGAGAGUCAAAGGGGAAGGAGACCUGCCUGCUGCCCUAGGAUGCCUGAUGCCCAUGGAUGAGGGGAACUGUGAACGGUACACGCUGCGCUGGUACUAUAACAGUCAGGUUGACGCAUGCAGACCAUUCAUCUACAGUGGCUGUGAAGGAAACGAUAACCGCUUCCUCCACAAGGAGGAGUGUGAGGAGGCCUGCCUUGGGGAGGCCACAGGUUCUCAUCCCGUAAAGACGGCGCGGUGAUUGUGUUCAACUCCUCAUUUGCCAGGAAUGUUAAAUUGCCUUUUCAGAUCAUUAUAUUGUCCAUUUGUCAGUGGUUAUGUUCGUUUUUGUUUAUUUAUUGGUUGUUUAAACCAAACAAAGUGGAUACCGUGAUGACCCCUUACUAUAUUUUGGUAAGAAAAAAAGAAAAAUACUUUUCAUAUGGUUUCAAAUACUUGUGGGCAUUUUUUACACUGUUUUAGAUGCUAAAAAAUGAAAUAAUGAAAGUAUUUUUUUUCUGUGACAGUAAUGUCUAUGAUAACGUAUGUAAAAGUAUUCAAGGCAGUACAAACUCAAGAGAAAUACAUCAUUCUGAAUUGUCAGAAGAAAAGGACCUUAGAACUAUAAUCAAGACAUUCAAGUAAUCUUCACAAAAAAAGCACGGUGAAUUUUGUGA